CUAAUUUCUCGGACUUAUUUCGAAAGUUACAACCGGAAGAAGGAGGCUGCGGAGGUUCCGUGGCUGUCUUGCCACUCGUCCUCCAUGCAGACUUGUUAGCAGACCAAAUUCGUCUAGACUCAAACAUGCCUUUCAUCGAGUUACAGAGUAAUUUACCGGCCAGCUCAUUUUCGGAAGAAUUUGUGAAGAAGCUGAGCUCGUGCGCCGCAGCUGCUCUGGGAAAGCCAGCGGAAAGGAUGAAUGUGGUGGUGAAACCUGGGUUGCCGAUGCUGAUUGCUGGCUCCAGCUCUUCGUGUGUGAUGCUGUCCGUGUCUGCUAUCGGCGUGACUGACACUGCUGACAAGAACAAGGAGCACAGCGCCAAGCUCUUUGAGUUUCUGACCAGAGAACUUGGGUUGACGGAAGAAAGGAUUGUUAUUGUGUUCCACGCGCUGCAGCCUCACCAGGUCGGGAAGAAGGGAACCGUCAUGAGCUUCUUGUGAAAGACGUUGUGCUAAUACAUUUCACAAUCCUAAAAGAAGAAGAAGACACUAGAUCAGUAUGAAUCACACAUUGAAGUAAAGAAUAAUUCAUUUACAGGUACUGUAUGUUUCAUAUCCAGGUGCACAUUUGCGGUUCCUAAAGCUGUAAAACAUAAUGUUAAUAACUUCUAUUUGUAUUGAUUAAAAGACGUGUGGCUUUUGUAAUCAUCACUUGUAUUACGUGUUAUUGAAGAAGACAAAUGAGA